AGUGUCUUCCUAAAUGUUAAUAUUCCUUUUUUGAUCUUUGAAUCAAAGCUGUAGCAAUAGACAAGACUUGUUUGCUUACAUCACAAGACCUGAGCAAACACCUCCCCUUCUACCUUUUACAACCCCGGCUGCAUUUCAAAGCUCUGUUCAUUUACAGAUCUUCCUAACCAGUCGCUAAAGUUCGGCCAUGGGUCAGGUCAGUCUGGGAGUUAAUUAACUCUUUCUGGCUCUGUCACCUUUCAAUGAGAUAUUAUAUCACACUCCUAACGUCACACUUCUCUCCCUGCCCCUCGUUCCGGGCCCCAUUCUCCCUCGGGCUGAGCUGUCUGGCCAGACUGUGCCCCCCAGGAAGCGGUGCAGUCUGCCCUCUAACCAACUGUCCAUCUCGAUUUGAGACCCAAACUCCAGUUCCACUAAAUGCCACGGCCAGGCUGACAGCCCCUAGCUGGCAGAGCAUUAUAGUGCCUGCCUUGUCGACCUGUUUUCCCUGGCAGCUGCCUGGGAGGGACGGAGCAGAAACAGACAAAGCUGAGGUGUGUUAAAGAGGGGUAGUAGAGACCGGGAGGGGAGGGAGAGCAGCCGCUGCACUUUCCCCUGGUCACAGCACAGAUACCACGGGGCACCCAAGGGAAUUGACAGACAGCAAAAGGGAAUACUGUAGAGAAUGCACAUGUAGUCUGUGGAACUCACUGCCACUAGAUUAAGAGCUGGGUAGGGUUAAAAAAAGAAUCCGAUGUUUCUAUGGAGAAUGAGAACAGUACAAAGAAGCGACCUGGCUCCUCCUGCAGGGCGGGGGCCAAGCCCAGUGGCUGUACCCAGGGCUGGGGGAUGGCCGGUCAGGGCAGGCUCCUGUGCCUCCCCCAGAGGCAGCCAGUGCCAAGGAGCAAGCUGCUCCAGGCUAGCAAUCUCGCUGCCCGUCACUGCUGCUCCCCUGGCCUGGCUGCGGGGCCGUGGGAAUGGCUCUGAAUGUGGCUCCUGGCAGCCAUGCCCCCGCCACAGCUCCUGGCCCCUGCUGGAUGCCCUCCGGAGCAUCUGGUUGCUAUGGGGCCAGGGUCAUUACACCGUGCGGCACUGGGGCUGUGGGACUGCCCUGGCCUCCCCCAGGGCUAAUUACUGCAAGGAGGGGGUGGGGCAGGGGGUGCCCGCAGCUGCCUCUGCUGGGGCUGAGCACAGGUGCCUGCCCAUGGGGCACGCAGGAGGCUGUGCUCUGCCUUCUUUGUCUCUGCUCUUGGCACACUGCAGGGCUGGCUCCUGUCCUCAGUGCCCCGGAACAGCCAGUGGCAAGGUCUUCCCCGCAGCAGCUGCCCCCUCUGGUUGGACCCCGUCCCUGCCAAGCCAGGCCCCACGCACUGGCAAUACACCUUGCGAGCUGCUCGCCAGAGGCCCCUUGUCCCAGGGCUGUGAGCUUGGAGCACCAGGAGACCUGGCACGUACCAAACCGAAGGCCGUGGGAUGGGAGCUCAGUGAUGGGGCUGGGCAGUGGCCUUGGGGUAUGGGAUGGUCCUGGGUACAAUGCCAGGCUCAGGCUUGUGCUCCAGAAUCGGAGCUGCCCCCUAACGAAGAGCUCUAGCCCCAUGGCGUGGGAAAACCUCCCAGACAGGGCCCCGGUAACCAGGGCAGGAGGCCUGCCUGAGUCUGCAGAGAGCCUGAAGCAGGAGGGCAGAGGGGAACGGCGGCUCACGGCAGCACUGGUGGCUGGAACAGACCUGGCAGGUCUCUGCUGGCAGCCGGGGUCAGGCUGCCGCCGCGGGAGGCUCGUCUGGGGCGUGCAUGGACAGGUGACAGGGAUCCUGGCAGCUCGGUGCAGGGCGUUCCCGGGCUGGCUGCUCUGUGGGUGGGGAGGGCGGUGACGAGCCGGCAGGAGGAAGGGGCUGACCCUCCCCCCCAUCCGCAGGGCGCCUAUAAGUGCAGCAAUUAACGGCUCUGGCUUCUGAACAACCACUAAUGGAGCCUCUGGCGGGGGCCCAAGGCCCUGCUGCUGGGCGGGGGCAGGGCAGGAGAGUGCUUCUGGCAGGCCGUGGCUGGGCUGGGCUGGUUCUCCCUCUGCCCCACUUGGCAGAGUUCUUCUGAGAGGCCAUCUUGUCACUGCCCCCCAGCCCGGUGCGCCGCCAUUCCCCAGGCCACGCCUCUGCCCCAUGGGGGGUUAGACAAGGGGCCUCUCACCCUAGGCAGGAGCACGGCCACCCCAUGCCAGCCUCACCACCCAGAGCUGGGUGCGGUUGGACUCGUGCUGGCGCAGCGGGGCGUAUUCCCUACUCCUCUGUGUGCCCUUCCCCACCUGCUCUCCAGCCAGAGCCAUCUUCCCCUCCCGCACAGAGUCAGAACCCCCGUCACCCCCAGGUUUGGCUUUAUGAACAAAACCUCCCAACCAAAGAACAGCUCAGCCCUUCUGCCCAGGCUGGGCUGCUCCAAGGCUCCUCUCUCCAGCCUGCUCAGCCCGCACCCUAGAUCCUCUCUCCCCAGGGAGCCACUGCCCCGGCCCUAACACCCAGCAGGGUAAUGACCCUGCCUGGGGGAGUCACCAGCACCCACUUUCCUGGCUGACAAGUGGGGCUCAGGAAUGCCAGCGCCAGCCUCAAAAGUGCCUGCAGCCUCCUGCCCCAUCGGGCACUGGCUCCCAGAGAGGCUCAUUAGUGAUGUGCCCGCCUCCCUGGCUCAGCCAGGUCCCAGUGGAGCUGGGCAGUAAGUGCAGAAGGCUCAUGUGGGGAAGUCUUAAUGGCUGUGUGAGGGAGAGGCGCUUGCUGGGCCCGAGAUGGAGGCGGGGGCAGGAGGGGCCGUGGUUUCUGUUUCCUCAGACUGGAGCCUGAGCUGCCUCUGCCCAAGGAGCAGACGAGAAGAUGCUGCACAGACUCCUGCUGGGUGGCCUCCUCUGCACCACGCUGCCUACCAGCUUCCUCGGCACAGCCUCAGCCCGUAACCUGCAGCUCUGCGAGGGAUAUCCCAGCCCUGAUGGGCGCUACCACUCCGGCUUCUACUGCCCACGCCUCACUGACCCCCCUGCACACAGGUACUGCUGCCGCCAUGGAGACCACGCCCUCAAAUCCUGCUGCCCCCAGAUGGAGUUUGAGAGCCUGAGGAGGGUCAAUCUGUCCAACGUGCCCACCCCAGCCAGACUCAGGAACCCACUGCCCCUGCUGGCUGUGGGGCUCUACGGCCUCCUCAUCCUCACGCUCAUGAGCCUCGACUUCCUGCACUUCUGCAGACUCAACCAGCGCCGCUUCUACAGCCUCUUGAGCAGCAGUCGCCUGGGCAAGCGCCUGGCCAGCUCCUUCCCACGGCCCGGCCCGGCGCGAGGAGGGACCCAGCAGCAGGAGCUGCCCACGGCCCAGCCUGGAGCUGCCCAUGGCCUGGCCCGGAGCUGCCCACGGCCCGGCCCGGCGCGAGGAGGGACCCAGCGGCAGGAGCUGCCCACGGCCCAGCCCGGAGCUGCCCACGGCCCGGCCCGGAGCUGCCCACGGCCCGGCCCAGCGCAAGGAGGGACCCAGCAGCAGGAGCUGCCCAUGGCCCAGCCUGGAGCUGCCCAUGGCCUGGCCCGGAGCUGCCCACGGCCCGGCCCGGCGCGAGGAGGGACCCAGCGGCAGGAGCUGCCCACGGCCCAGACCAGCCAGGACAGCAAGUGUGAAGAGCCGGGACCGCAGUGACUGUGGGGUGACGCUUGGGGCAGAGGGCGUGUCGGCUGUAGGUAUUACAGAGACACUGUUAGCAGAGCCUGUCGCGCUGCCACUGCGAUAAAGCGAGCCCACGCCUCAGCCUCGCACUGUUUGGCCUGGCCUGGCCCUUAUAAAGUGCCUAAGCUGCUUGACAGGCCAAGCCCUGUCCCCGAGUGCUCUGUCUGGGAUGUGACCUCUGGGGAGAGAGGAACCCUGCGGUGUGUGUAGGGGGGUGGAGCCACAUGAUGACACAAGCGGGGCAGGGCUGGGGUCUCCUGGCCCUUGCCCUCUUCAUCUGUGCUCAGGGUCCCUGGGGCUGCCUGCAGCUCCUCAUUCACAGCUGGUCACACUCGUCAGUUCCCUUUUAUUGCUGGUUGUGCCUCGACCCCCACCCUGGGCACCGAGGGCUGCGGGCGGGGUCCUUGCUCCUCCGUGGCCAGCCCAGCUGCUGCGCACCUGUUCAAGGGAGCAUGGGAGGGUUCACAGGGUUAUGUGCGAUAGGCAUCAGCAUGGGUGUGUGUG